AUAUUUGUUCAUAGGCAUACGCCCGCAGUUGCAGUUGCUACUGCACAGUCCGCACCCGUACGUUCGCGUAGUGCGUUUCAGAAUACUAUCUUUAUUAAAACACCAACGUAUACACAUACACAUAUAAGCAAAAUCGAAUUUUAAAAGCUAAGGAAAACUGCUGGUGAUCAACGAGAUUUUAUAGACGAUAGACAUUCGCUAUUUGUGUUGAUGUGGCCGCGUCAAAUGAAUGUGCAAUUUAUUAGUGGUUGUUUUGAGACUGGAUUGUUACUCGAUUAGAAUGGUUGCAAGUGUCGCGCGCAUCGCUGGCAACCCGUGCAGUGUUGUGCCAAAAUAAAUCGACGAUAGUUAUUCCUUGGGAGCUGCCAGUGGACGAAUGUACUUCACUAUUCGAGUCCGUUUGCUAGCGGCGGGACAAGCUAUGUGGAAUUGCGAUUGCCCGCUCUUUUGUCUCUACGAAGACUAUGGGUGUCAUAUCCCUUUGAUGUGCAUCCCGGUAUUUUAAAAACGAUCGUCUUCGCCAAGCGAAAGUGUUUUGCUUGGCUAUUAUCGUUUCUACAUUCUGGAUUUCGUUUUUUUUAUCUAUUUGAAUUAUAUUUUAAAAAAAGGCUAGAACAACACAUAUUUCAUCAUAGUGUUUUCAACAAUUUUUAUCCGCCCUGACGUGAUUUGCCCGGUUUGCCCGCCACAGGACGGGUUAUGUUUCCCACUUUCAUCGGAAUCUUAGACAUUCAAUCGUGGUGGGAGGUGCCAAGUAUAGCACACUUCUGCUCAUUAUUUAGGGCUGCCUUCAAUCUUCUGGACUUUGAUAUUGAGGAUCUCGAAGAAGCUUUAUUAACGGAUGGUGGAACUGAAGGACGUUUAGUACAGGAAUUAAUAGUCAGGUUACUUGAAGGUUGUUUACCAAAUGAUACUCGCAAUGACAUCUCUACUUUUAAUUAUCAAAUGUUUCUUCGUAGACUUUUUCGAAAGAAAUGUCAGGAAUACAAAUGUGAGAAUCCUUUUAAUACAGAUGUAGAUUUUGAAUUAUUACCUCUUCGUCAAAAAGUAGAAAUCUUACGUGCUCUUUGUGACUUCAGGCUUGACGCUGAAGACGUGGAGCAAUCAUUAAAUAAUUUGGACUCGGAUAGUCUGCGAGUCGAACCUUUAGGACAUGAUCGUAAGAAUUCUGCCUAUUGGUACUUUUACGGCACUCGAUUAUAUAGGGAGGACUACAUUGAUACUUCUAACAGCAUCUCACACAAACAGAAAAGUAAACCUAGGGAUAAAAAACGUAAAAGACGACGAAGCAGAGUGGCGAAGGAGGAAGAGGAAGAGGAGGAGAAGAAGGAAGACAGUUUAAUACACAGAGAAGGAAAAGAAAGUGUUUGGCAGGUUGUCUGCUUUACUCAGCAGGAUUGGAGUCGUCUAGUUGAAAAAUUUCGUGAUUCGGAGUACGAUACCGAACGUAAACUUUACCGUACUCUAUCCGAGGAUUUCAUGCCCGAAAUCCCUAAACUUUUUGAUUUAAAAGAAAAACAACAAAGACGCAAAUUGUUACAACGUAAUAGUUCACGUGUACUUCGAAGUCACGAACCUACGACACAGAUGGAAACAGUCAUGGUUAGAUCGAAGAUCAAAACUAAAACAAACAAAGGGAGUAAAAAGGGGACACAAAAUUCAAAGAACGUUUAUGUUAAAGAGGAUACACCUCCGCCUUUACCUUCUCCGCCAGUUCAAAAGAAAGGACGGCAAACUAAUAAUUCGUUGGCUUCAGCUGUUGGUCAGAUUGUGAUUCAUACCAGGGAUGAAGUGGAGGGAUUAGAAAAAAAGAAAGGGAUUGGCAGCAAUAGUGAUGGACAUUAUGUAUCUUCUAAUUAUGGAUAUAAGUAUGGUUACUCAUUUGGAAUUGAAGAAGAAGAACGUCGCGUUGGAAUGCACAAAGUUCUUGAAAGUCUUAAAGAUCAUGUUGAUGCUUGGCCAUUUAUUGAUCCUGUGGAUGAAGAAUAUGCCCCAAGAUACUAUAGCGUGGUACGAAAACCUAUGGAUCUUAGUACAAUGGAAGAAAAACUUGAAAAUAGUUUAUAUAAAAGUCUAAGUGAAUUCAAACGUGAUUUUCGACUGAUAGUAGAUAAUUGUAGGCAAUAUAAUGGUUCUGAUAAUGAGUAUACAGAAAUGGCAUUUAAUCUUAAGGAAGCAUUUGAUAAAGCAGUAAAUCGUUAUUUGGAAUCGGAAACAUCUAGCGAUGAGGAUCCCUCAUCGCCGAAAUCAUUUCUUGCUACUCCGGCAUCUCCCUCGUGUCCUUCUCGUGUUUCAUCGCCUCAUCAAAAUAGAAAACGUUCGAAAAAAUCUACGAAAAAAUCAAAAUCAUAUAAAUCUGAAAGUAAAGGAAAAUCCAAAACAAAUGAUAAAAAUGAUGAAGAAGAAAAACGAGGAAAAAAUUAUAAGCUUCCAAAGAAAAAGAGAGGAAAGAAAAAGAACAAAAGAGCAAAAGACGAAGAAUCUGUAAAUGAAGAAGAGCAGGAAGAACAAGAGAGCGAAGAUGCAAUGUCUGAAUCAAGUAUUAUAACAUCAAAAAGAAGAAAACAUGCUGAUGGGAAUAAUUUAUUAUUAAAAACCAAAAAGCUAACAUCCAAAGAAUCAGAAGAGCUUAAGAAGAUAGAUAAAAAAAUUAGUAAAGAACGUCAUCAACAAAAAAAAGAAAUGGAAAAUGUGCGGCCGAUAAAAGAAUCAAAAGAAAAUAAGAAGAGAAAGGAAGAUUUCGAAGAAGAUUAUGAACCCCUAGUCGUUGCAAAAAGUAAAAGUAGAAAGAUCGAAAAGAAGGAACUGGAGGAUACCGAAAUAUUUACAGAUAAUGCGAAGAAGAAUAAAAUGAAAAAAACCGAAUCUCUUGAAGACGAAACAGUACCGGAAAAAGAAGAGAAAACACAGCAUGUUAAGGUCAAAAAAAAUCGGAAAAAGGAUAAAACGGGGUUAAAAAUAUUAAAAUCUGAUGAGAAGUCUGAGAAAAGUCGAGUUAAAGAUAAAGAGAAAAAAUCAAAACAAAAAAAUGAUGAACUUAAAAAUGGAGAAAUAUCAAGUGAAAUAGAUUCCAAAGACAUAGAUCUAGAAAGUGAUAUAGAUUCGAAAGAAACGCAUACAUCUAAGAAGAUUUCCGCAUUUAUAGGUGAUAAAGACAUAGAAUCAUUGGAUGGUUUAAAAGAUAAAAUAAGUGAGAGACGGCGAGAAGAAAAAUUGAAAAAUGAGAAAGAGAAACAAAAGAAAACUGGGAAGAAUGAUCUUCACAAUAUGUAUUCAAAAAAAGUGCCUUCAAAUGGUAGUACCUUUCACGACAGCGAUAAAGCCAGCGUAAAACGACCAAAGUUUAAAAAAGGAAUAAAAGAAGAAAAAGUUCCUACCGAAGAUUCCCUCACAACUCAUGACCAAGAAAUCACCGAGAAAAAAGUAAAAGUAUCUCAAUCAAAGCAUACCAAAGGAUUUGGAAAAGAAGAAAGCUCCAUGCAAGCCUUGAAUCAAGCAACAGAACAAACACUUCAUGAUAUCAACAAAUGGCUUGAUGACGCACCAAGACUCUCUGAAUUUUCUUCAGGAAGCGAUUCACCAAUAUUUCAUUCUUCGUCCGUUGAAUCUGGCCGAUCAGGUCCAAAAGUAGAAGCACCUAGGAAACGACCAAGUUCUAUUAAAAUUUUUGGUCCUCAUGGACCUACCAGACCAAAAAAAAUUCAACGUACAAUAGAUCGUUUACAACCUGGAAAAAGUAAGGGAAAUUUACUUUUAAAAAAACCAUUAAAUUUACCUAAUGUUAAUACCACCGAAACAGCGGUGCAGUUGACCAGCGAUAAUGAUCAAACGAAUAAGAAUACAGAUGAAGAACCGAAACUUAGUUUAGGAACAGUUUUGAAAAAUGUAGAUUCCAUACAGUUAAUUUGUAAGAGUUUAGUUUCCUCGCCCAAUCCCAAUUUUUCAAAUGACGAUGAAGAAGAAGAUCACAAUACUCUUCCUGCAAUCCCAGUGUCUAGUCUAAAAGAAGAAAACACAUCAGGAAUAACAACGACGCAAACAACUACGGUCGUAGAAGAAUCUAAAGAUAAUCAGUCUAAUGUAAAGGACACGCAGAAACCCAAAGCAGCGACACCAAAUUUGAGUGCUUGGUUCAAAGCGUUCGGAGCGCCAAAGUUAAAAAAGAAAGAUGAAGAAUCAGAGGAUGGUAUAACAAAGAAGGAUGGUGAAUUGCAGGAAGUGUUUUGUGGUAGACAAAGAAGAAUGAGUACUGGUGGUAGUAGUGUAAGUGAAUCUGUUUCGAGUUUUUCCCAAGAGUCACCCCCUGGACGUUCAGGUCGAUCUCCACAAGGACAACCUAUAAUGGCUUCGAUUGAGCCGCAAAUUAGAGGAGCUGGAUUCUAUCAGGACGCUUUAUCGACAGGAAGUAGCCCUUACAAUAGUCCUUAUUAUGCCACACCACCAAGAUACAGUGCUCAAUUACCUCCCACUCCAUCACCACAAAAUCACCCUUUAUCUCCAGCUUAUCCAUCAUCAUCAUAUGAACAAGCGCCUCUGUACCAAAUACCUGCCCAACAAUCGCAUCAAACGUUCCAGAAAUCACCUCAGGAAAAUUCUAGGGAAAUGUAUCAUCAAUUGUCACCCACAUUUCCUCAACGAUCGCCGCAAACUAAUUUCUCUCAGAAUUCUACACAAAACGAAGCAUACAAUCAACAAUUGUCUUCUAAUCAAAAUCAAUCUCCAGUUUAUUCACAGCAUUCACCACAGCCUAUACAACAAGUAUAUCCACAGCCUUCCCCUCAGCCACCACCAUCAAAUUAUUCACAACCAUCUCCUCAACAACCUUCCACUCCCAAAUAUUCACAAGUUUCUCCGCAACAAAACGCCGCCAAUUAUUCACAACCAUCUCCGCAAUCUGCCACUUAUUCUCAAUCUUCGCCUCAACAACCACACUCACCAUAUUCUCAAGCUUCUCCUCAAGCACCGCCAAAUUAUUCUCAAUCCUCACCACAACAACAACAUUCUCCAUAUGCACAAUCUCCGCAACAGUCAUCCGGAUAUUCUCAAUUGUCUCCUCAACCACCAUCAAAUUAUUCUCAACAAUCACCACAACCACCUACGAAUUAUUCUCAAACAUCGCCUCAACCACCUUCCAAUUAUUCUCAAGCNUCACCUCAACCACCUUCCAAUUAUUCUCAAGCUUCACCUCAACCACCUUCCAAUUAUUCUCAAUCGUCACCUCAACCACCUUCUAGUUAUUCUCAACCAUCACCUCAACCACCUUCCAAUUACUCUCAACCAUCACCUCAACCGCCUUCCAAUUAUUCUCAAUCAUCACCACAACCUCCUUCCAAUUAUACUCAAUCGUCACCACAACCACCUUCCAAUUAUUCUCAACCAUCACCUCAACCACCUUCAAAUUAUUCCCAGCCAUCGCCUCAACCUCCUCCUGUGUAUCCUCAACAAUCUCAAUCUUCAAACUUUUCACAUCCAUCGUCUCAGACGCAUUCUUCCAAUUAUGCGCAAUCUUCGCCUCAAUCACUCACAGCGGGUUACUCUCAAUCAUCUCCUCAACCGCGAAAUUAUUCCCAACCAUCGCCUCAACAAAUUCAAACGUUUCCUCAACAUUCUCCGCAAGCACCGCCCUCAUAUUCUCAACCUUCUCCGCAAAAUGCAUCUUAUUCUCAAUCAUCUCCUCAACAAGCAGUUAAAUAUUCUCAGCCUUCUCCUCAACAAUCUACCAAUUACUCGCACUCGAUACACUCACCUCAAAAAUCACAGAAUUAUUCUCAGAUGUCCCCUCAGCAAGCACCGCCAAGCAAUUAUUCUCAACCUUCACCAUCACCUCAGCAAUCUCGUAACUACUCACAACCAUCUCCAUCUCCUCAACAGUCCCGUAACUAUUCUCAGCCAUCACCAUCUUCUCAGCAAUCGCACAAUUAUUCUCAACCAGCGCCGUCGCCUCAACAAACUCAUACUUAUUCCCAACCAUCACCCCAACAGAAAUCCAUGUGCGCAUCACAGACGUCGCAAUCUUCACAACAGCCUUCAAGUUAUUCACAGCCGUCUCCGCAGCAAAGUACAAAUUACAGUUUACCGCAAUCACACUCUAAAAGCGCAGAAGAAUAUCCGCAAACUGCCUCGACACCUUCGAAUUACUCCCAUGGAUACAAGCAGAAUCAUCCUUAUAUUCAAUCAUCACCAGCAUCAUCGACGUUAAAUGAAGCAGAGCAUCGAACGGAUUAUUUAAAAUCUAGCACCACUGAAAAGUCAUCGAACAUAGAACAACAAAGAAAUUUUACCGUAUCUUCGGAAGCUGCAUCAUUGAAUUUGAAUACAAAUCAUCAGAUCUAUCAAUCGCCAAAUCAAUAUCCGCCAACAUUUGGAAAUAAUUAUCCUAACAUCGAUCUUCAGAGAUCUGUUUCAAGGCAUGGUGGUCAGGAACAGUCGCAGCAAUCAUCUCAGGAACGGCCCAGUUUCACCGACCUCAGCAAUUCUCUAAAUGUUCAAAAAUAUACUCAGCAACGAUCAACUCAAGAUCAAUCGCAAAUCUUAGCAUUCCAGCAAAAUUUGACACCACACGAAUCUCUUUACCCUAGUGGUUUCCAAUCAUCUGGUUAUGGUCCGAUGUCGAAUUCCAGACCGGUGUAUCCUAGUCCACAUUAUUUCGAUGCUAAUUCGAAAGCUGUCGCCAACAGCGGAACAGCGAAUAGUUCGACCAGUAAUUUGGCUCCUGUAAAGAAACGUAUUUAUAAUGAAUCGUCCACAGAUUCAUCUCGUGGUUUGGCGCAGGAGACCGCAGCAAGAACAACAGGUCAAGAGCAAUUCGGAUUCGAUCCUAUAAUGGCAUUGCCGCAACCAGAUGCAGUUUCAGCUAGUCAAUUUGACACUGCAUUCGUCGGGAACUUGGCUGAUUCCGUAGCAACAAAUCCAGCAUAUGCUCGUCUAGGUCUAGGUUUGGUAGGUCGUACAGGUAAAGAGCAACAACAAUUAUUGAACAUUCCUCGACCACCGCCAACGAAACCGGAACAUUUAACGUACGCGCGUAAUCCAACUUCUGGCGCCACAGAACUAGAUUUAAAUUUACUUCAAAGUUUGCAGACAGCAGCCGCGAAGAAUACGCAAGGUAUUCUAUCGAUGUCAUCAUCUCGUAGGAGUGGAGAGUCGUCUGUUAGUUCCACAUCCACGCCUGUGAAAACGAAGAAAAGUAGGAAGAGUAAACAACAACAAGAACAGCAAAACACGAGCGUUUCAGUGGUUAGUACAGAGCCACAAUCUGGUACAGGAAUACCUGGUUUUCCACAAUAUACGGGAACAUCCGCGGAUUCUAUAGGUCUGAAGAACACCACUAUGGUCCCACCAACUGGGAGUGCCUUCAAUUUUGCUGCGUCAACUAGCACCACAACUAGUUCACCUUUCUACGAUAAAGACGCAUCAGCAGCCGCAGCGGCAUUUGCAUUUUUGGAUGAAUUUCGAAAUCCAAAUAGUUAUUACAGUAUGGCGCUCAGGCAGCAACAACAGCAGCAGCAACAACAAGUUCCACCGGUCACGGAUGCUACGCAGCAAGCUUGCAACAAACUUAGCAAUCAACCGCCGAGAAACUAUCCGCCUCAUCCUUUCCUUCAUUCCGCUCAAAGACCAGCAGCUUAUGGACCUCCAGUGUCGGCUUACGUCACGCCGCAUGGCCCAAAUUUAACGAUGGAUCCAACUGCUUAUCAACAAUACAUUCAUUCCUUGUAUGCACUUCAACCGCCGCCCCAUCAUCAUCGACCGUCCUGGCUUUAGCCG